GUGACAGAGAUGAGUUUGGAGGUGCGCAGCAGGAGGCAGGCCCAGAUAACCCAGUUCCUGAGCAGCUCCAUGGAACGGCCUCCUCUGAGGCACUGGAAGGAAAGAUCACUCAGAAAAGCAAGACAUCCCCUCUGCAAUCUAUAGACAAUGAAAAUGUGGCAGGUCACGUGUCUAGUGGGUCUGAAUUGAGUGAACUGGAGCAAAGAUUUACAACUGACAGUUUGGAACACACAGUGCAACUACAAGAACGGAAAGUUGACAAAGUGCGUUUCUUUGUGGCUCUUGAUGAAAAUCCUGAAGAAUUUGUGUCAGAUUGUACUGUGUAUUUUCUGAGAGACACCAAAGAACGAAUUACUGAACCUAAUGACCUGACUGAAGCUAAUGAGGUUCUUCCUAAAGUGAUACAGUGUGGAGUGCUGACUGAUGAUAGUCUUUUGAUGCUGAAGAAUGCCAUCUCACAGCAGAUAGAGGAAACUUCUUUUCAUUCAGAUAGUGAAAACACAGAUUCUGAAGAAGGUGCUUUACCUGAGACUGAACUUGCAGAAAAGAAGGAAGAGCCCCUGGAAUACUGUAAUAUUCAGAAGAGGAAUUUAAUUCCUGUGAACAGGCAAACCCAGAAGAUCGUACAACAAACGGAAGGCGAGUGUAUUAAACUGGAGAUGCCAACCAUAAAUCUAGAUGGAGAAGUGACUGUUCUUGCCACAGUUCCAGAAGUAGUUGAAGCUCUGGAAAGUUGUGCAGUGACCUGGCAGAAGUUAAUAUCCACGACUCUAGAGGAACAGCUUAAAAAGGUUCCACAGGGUAACGGUCCACUUGCAGAACUUGACCUCUGGCGUGCAAAAAGGGAUGCUUUAAGUGCUCUUACUGAACAGACAAAGCUUCCAGAAGUGCAAAAAGUGUUGGAAAUAUUACAGGAAGCCGAAUCUGUGCAUAUUGGAGAUGUACAGCUAGUCUUAAGUGACCUUAGAAAACAACAUGUGGAUGCUCUAGAUUGUGUUAAGUUUCUUUCAGCUAUUGAAUGCCAUUUGAAGAAUUUAACAUAUGGCACUGACUUUAAUGUCGUCUUGGCUACAAUUCCUUCACUAAUGAGUGGCCUGAGAAUGGUCUGGAUUAUCUCGGGGCGUUACAACAAGAGCAAGUGGAUGGAACCCCUCAUGGAACGAAUUGCAUGGGAAGUUUCAGCAAAGGUGUACAAAGUUGUGGAUAUAUGUACAUUGUUUCAAGAAGAAAGAGCUGCUGCAAAAAAGAAAGUGUCGGAAGCCAAAAGAACUCUUGAACAAUGGAAGAAAAGUUAUUUUGCUGUUCGUGCCCAGAUUGAAGCAACAGGAAUAGAGAAGCACUGGGAAUUUGACCAGAAACGUUUAUUUGAAAAAACAGAUUAUAUGGCUUCAGCCUGUCAAGAUCUGUAUGAUAUUUUGCAGGUCAUUGAAGAGUUGUGCAGUGUAUUUUGUCCUGAACUGCAAACUCUCACAAACGGUGCAAAGCGUUUUGAUGAUCUGCUGAGAGAAGUAAAUGGACUAACUAGUCCUAUGGAAAAACUGACUUUUGACCCUUUUAGCAUCAAAAGUGCACAGGCCUGGAAAUCAGUUAAGGAAGGAUUUAGAGAAGAAGUUUCAGUUAUUGAAGAAGAGACCAAAAACUUCAUUGAUGAAUCUUUUAAGACCCCUCGAUCAGCAGAAGCUGCAUUUGACGUGCUGUUAAAAUUCAAACACAUCCACUUUCAUGAAGCAAUCAGUAAGCAGAUAAUGAUGAAGUUCAAUGAUAUUUUGGACCAGUACUGUAAAGAGGUUGAAAAUAUUAAACAAAUCUUUCUUCAGAACCUCAAGGAUCCACCUCUGCAAAAAAAUCAUCCUCCAGCGGCUGGAGCAAUAUACUGGUCCCGAUCUCUUUUCUAUCGGAUCAAACACACUAUUAUUCGAUUUCAAGAAAUAGAGGAGAUGCUUGAUAGUGAACGGGGAAAGGAAGCAAAACAAAUAUAUCUUCAAACGGCCAAGAGGAUGAAAGAAUAUGAAGAUCAAAAAUACCAGCAGUGGAAACAUGAGAUAGAACAGGUACUCCCCCUGUUACUGGAAAAGACUCUGCUGACUGUCACCACUGUUGGGGCUGCAACCCAUGGUAAUCCAGAGACUUCUGAGCAGAGCUCUGUAACAGAGGAGCCUGGCACCACAAAAAAAAGUGUCCACUUCAUAGUGAAUUUUUCUCCCGUACUCCAAGAGAUUAUCAUUGAAACAGGGUACAUGCAACAGCUAGGGUUUCCAGUCCCAGAAAUGGCAAAAUAUGUGGCAUCACUGGAAGACAAAUAUUGCAGGUAUUCAAGGAGACUGAAAAACACAAUAGAUCUCUAUCAUAAGUUAAUGGGAACACUGAGUGAAGCAGAAACUGAACUUCUUGAUGACCAUAUUCAAGAACUCUGGAGAGUAUUCAAACCAGGGCACAGAAGACUCAACUGGAUGUCCUUAGGUUUUGGUGGCUUUAUUGUCCAGUGUACACAAGCCAUCAGGAAGUUUGAGUUGCUUGUCCAUCAGAUUCAUCAUUAUUCUGAAGACAUAAACAAAAACCUUCUGUUCAUGGAAGCCACAAAUCUCUUUAAGUUUCCGCUUUUGAAAAAUGGUGAACUUCCUAAAGCAAAAGAAUUUUUUGAGUAUAUUAAGUGUGAAAGAGCAAAAGAUGUGGCAUACAUGGUUAGAAAGUAUUCUGCAAUUCCACAGUUGCUAAUAAAAUUGGAAGGACGAGUUGCCAAUACAAACACUGGCAAAUCUGCAAAAUUAACGUCCUGUUAUGCAUACUGGGAAAACAGAAUUUAUCAAGUGUUGACACAGUUAAUUGUGAAGAAUUUGCAGGCUUUUAAUGCAACUGUUCUUGCAAAUGUGCCACUGUUCCAAAUUGAAGCUAUUUUAUCUAUUCCCGAGAUAAUCUUGCAACCUAAUGCCAGUGAGAUUCACGAAAUGACUGCACAAUGUAUCCGAGACUGUGUUGAGGUCACUAAGCAUUUUGUACGAUGGAUGCAUGGUACGUGUCUUGGAUGCCCUCCUCAGCAUGUCAAAGAAGAUGAAACUAUCACUUUCAGCUUUUACAAAGACAUCUCCCAGAACCCUCUGAUAACUGAACAGGCUGUACUCAUCAUUCAGAAUGUCCACAAACUCCUGGCUUCUCUGAGCAAGCAUUCGAACCAAUGGCAGAAGUACCACCUGCUGUGGAAAUUAGACAAAGGCACGGUCCUGGAGAGGUUAGCUGCAGAGCAGCCGUCUUGUAUCGCCUUUGAGGAGCAGUUGCAGUUCUAUCUGAAGGUAGCUCAAGAAGUGACUCAAGAGCCCGUGAUUAAAGAUGAGCAAUUUAUCAGGCUUCAGAUGGCUCCUUUAGCCUCGGAAGUGCAGGAGAAUGCUAGAGGCUGGAUGUUUUCACUUGGAAAGUUGCUUAAUGAGUCUGCAAGAGAGGCACUCUCCAGUCUUCAGGAGGAAAUUCGGAGAUUAUCAGAGAGACUUGAGAGACUUCCUGAUACCCUGGAAGAUCUCAAAAUUGUUCUUGGCACAAUUGAGGAGAUCAAAGGCAUGUCCUCCAAUGUGGAACUGAAAUAUUUGGACAUCUGGGAGAGAUACCGAACUCUCGCAAUGUACAAUAUUCCAGUGGCUAAAGAAGAGCAAGAGAUGUCCGACAAGAUUAGGGAGGAGUGGGAGACUCUGUUCUUAGAAGCAUCACAAGUUGAUUACAACCUUGGAGGCAUAAAAAGAACAUUCACAGAGGUUACACUGCAACAAGUUGAGGACUACAGCAAAGAGAUUGAAACUUUCUUCCAUAAAUUCCUGGCUGAGGGGCCUGGUGCUGUCGGAGAAGACCUUGAUAAAGGCUUGGAACUCUUGGCCAAUUUUGAAAAAGAACUGGAAAAACUGGAAAAAAUUCAGGAACUGGGCAGUGCUGAGAAACUUUUUGGCUUGCCGGUUACAGUGUACCCUGAUUUAAUAAAAGCACAAAAUGAUAUGAAAGCUCUAAAGCAGAUCUAUGAAAUCUAUAAAUUACAAAGAGAAGCUAAAGAGAAAUGGUCUCAGACACUGUGGGUAAACCUCGAUGUCCAGCUUCUUCAGGAAGGAAUUGAAGGAUUUCUUAAAGCCUUUCGAAAGCUGCCCAAACCAACACGCAAUAUGCCAGUAGCCUUUCAACUGGAAACAAAAAUGAAGGCAUUUCGAGACUCCAUUCCUUUGUUGCUCGAUUUGAAAAAUGAAGCUUUAAGAGAAAGGCAUUGGCGAGACCUUAUGGAGAGAACAGGAACAAAUUUUGAAAUGACAACAGAGACUUUCACUUUGGAGAAUAUGUUUGCUAUGGAACUUCACAGAUACUCAGAUGUUAUCAGUGAAAUAGUUGGGUCUGCUGUUAAGGAACUUAGCAUUGAGAAGGGUCUGAAGGAAAUAGCAGAAACAUGGGAACACCUGAAAUUCACUGUACAAAUAUACUUCAAAGGCACUGAGAACCGAGGCUUUGUUCUGGGAUCUGUAGGUGAAAUUCUAGAGGUUCUUGAUGACAGUAAUGCCAAUCUUCAGAGUGUUUCGAGCAGUCGAUUUGUGGGUCCUUUCCUGUCAACCGUUCACCAGUGGGAAAAAAUUCUGUCAUUGAUCGGUGAAGUAAUUGAGAUCUGGAUGGUGGUUCAGGGAAAAUGGAUGUACCUGGAGAGCAUCUUUACUGGUGGAGAUAUCAGAUCACAGCUUCCAGAGGAAGCCAAGAUAUUUGACAGCGUAGACAGGAUGUUCAAAAAGAUAAUGGAUGAAACUGUAAAAGAACCAUCAAUAAAAAAAUCCUGCGAAGCCCCAAAUCGUCUCUCAGACCUGAAUCAUAUAAAUGAUGUGCUAGAGAAAUGUCAGAAGAGCUUGAAUGAUUAUUUGGAUUCCAAGCGAAAUGCUUUCCCAAGAUUUUUCUUUAUAUCUGAUGAGGAAUUGCUUAGUAUCCUUGGCAGCAGUGAUCCACUUAGUGUUCAGGAACACAUGAUAAAGAUGUACGAUAACAUAGCCUCCCUGAGGUUUGAGGAUGGUGAUAACGAUAAGAAGAUUGUAACAGCCAUGAUUUCAGCUGAGGGAGAGGUGAUGGAAUUCCGGCAGGCUAUAGCUGCAGAGGGCAGAGUGGAGAAUUGGAUGACAGCAGUGCUGGAAGAAAUGAAACGAACAAACCGACUUCUUACUAAGGAAGCUAUUUUUCGAUACUGUGAAGACAGAAGCAGGGUUGAUUGGAUGUUACUCUACCAAGGCAUGAUGGUGCUGGCUGCUAAUCAGGUGUGGUGGACUUGGCAGGUAGAGGACGUCUUUCGGAAAGUGAAGAAAGGAGAAAAACAGGCCAUGAUGCGUUAUGCUAAAAAAAUGCAUAAGCAAAUCGAUGACCUGGUUACCCGCAUUACAAUGCCUUUGAGCAAAAAUGACAGGAAAAAAUACAACACAGUUCUCAUUAUUGAUGUUCAUGCCAGAGACAUUGUUGAUACAUUUGUACGAGACAGCAUUCUGCACGCUCAGGAGUUUGAGUGGGAAAGACAGCUGCGCUUUUACUGGGUCCGAGAGCCAGAUGAACUGAAUGUCCGGCAGUGCACAGGCACGUUUUCGUAUGGUUACGAGUAUAUGGGCUUGAACGGACGCCUUGUGAUCACCCCACUUACAGAUCGUAUUUAUCUUACGCUCACACAGGCUUUAUCCAUGUUUUUGGGAGGAGCACUAGCAGGGCCAGCAGGUACAGGGAAAACAGAAACCACCAAGGAUCUGGCCAAAGCGCUGGGCUUGCUGUGUGUAGUGACAAACUGUGGAGAAGGCAUGGAUUUCAAAGCAAUUGGUAAAAUUUUCUCUGGUCUCGCACAGUGUGGAGCGUGGGGAUGCUUUGAUGAAUUCAAUCGUAUUGAUGCUUCUGUGCUUUCAGUCAUUUCUUCUCGGAUUCAGACUAUUCGAAGUGCUUUAAUGAAUCAGUUGAAAACAUUUCAGUUUGAAGGACAGGAAAUUACUCUUGACAGCCGAAUGGGCAUUUUUAUUACGAUGAAUCCUGGUUAUGCUGGCCGGACUGAGCUCCCUGAGUCUGUAAAAGCUUUGUUCAGGCCUGUGGUUGUUAUUGUACCAGAUCUUCAGCAAAUCUGUGAAAUCAUGCUCUUUUCUGAAGGGUUCCUCAGGGCAAAGGUACUUGCCAGAAAGAUGACAGUGCUGUACAAGCUGGCAAAGGAUCAACUUUCUAAACAGCAUCAUUACGAUUUUGGUCUGCGGGCCCUUAAGUCAGUGUUGGUGAUGGCUGGAGAACUGAAAAGAGGCUCAGCACAUCUCACUGAGGAAGUUGUACUGAUGAGAGCUCUACGAGAUAUGAAUCUUCCUAAAUUGGUGUUUGAAGAUGUACCUCUCUUCCUUGGCCUAAUCUCUGACCUGUUUCCUGGCCUGGAUUGUCCUCGAGUCCGCUAUCCUGACUUUAAUGAUGCUGUUGAACAAGUGCUGGAAGAAAAGGGUUAUGUUGUUUUACCGGUCCAGGUGGAUAAAGUAGUUCAGAUUUAUGAGACGAUGUUAACUCGACACACUACGAUGGUAGUUGGACCUACUGGAGGUGGCAAGUCAGUUGUCAUUAAUGCGUUGUGCCAGGCCCAAAACAAGCUGGGAUUAUUGACAAAGCUUUACACACUGAACCCUAAAGCUAUGAGUGUGAUUGAGCUGUAUGGCGUCCUUGACCCCACCACACGAGACUGGACAGAUGGAGUCCUGUCAAAUAUUUUUCGGGAUAUCAACAGGCCUACUGACACGAAAGAGCGAAGGUACAUUCUGUUUGAUGGAGAUGUGGAUGCUCUCUGGGUUGAAAACAUGAAUUCUGUCAUGGAUGACAACAGGUUAUUGACCCUGGCGAAUGGGGAGCGGAUUAGACUUCAGUCGCACUGUGCGUUGUUGUUUGAGGUUGGUGACUUACAGUAUGCAUCUCCUGCCACGGUAUCCCGUUGUGGAAUGGUCUUUGUAGAUCCUAAAAAUCUGAAAUACGAGCCCUACUGGCAGAAGUGGAUCCAAGGAAGAGAAAAUGAGCAAGAGAGAAUUGAAUUGGAUCGUCUCUUUCAAAAAUAUGUACCCUACCUUAUUGAUGUGAUUGUAGAGGGAAUUGUGGAUGGCAGACAUGGAGAAAAGCUGAAGACCAUUGUUCCUCAAACAGAUUUAAAUAUGGUGGUGCAGCUGACUGUGAUGUUGGAAGCUCUAGUUGCAGUACAGCCUGUUGAUCCUAGUGUUCUGGAGUGUUUUUUCGUGGAAGCUUUGUAUUGCUCCCUAGGUGCUGCUCUUCUUGAUGCUGGGAGAAUUAAAUUUGAUCAGAAUCUUAAACGGAUUUCCUGCCUGCCUGUUGUUCAUGAUGACAACGUCCUGGCUCAGCCAGGGGAGCUGCCAGGUCAGCUGCCAACUUUGUAUGACUUUCAUUUUGAUGGAUUUCAAAAAAAGUGGGUACCUUGGAUGAAGCUUGUUCCUGAAUAUGUUCAUGACCCUCAAGUGAAAUUUCUUGACAUUCUAGUGCCUACAGUGGAUACAACACGCACUACUUGGUUACUAGAGCAAAUGGUAAAAAUAAAACACCCAGUUGUUCUUGUAGGUGAAUCGGGCACAUCUAAAACAGCAACUACACAAAACUUCCUAAAGAAUCUGGACAAAGACCUCAAUCUGCUGCUAAAAAUUAACUUCUCUUCUCGUACAACAUCAAUGGACAUUCAGAGAAACCUAGAGACAAAUGUGGAAAAACGAACUAAAGACACUUAUGGCCCUCCUAUGGGAAAACGUCUCAUUGUUUUCAUGGAUGAUAUGAAUAUGCCAAGGGUUGACGAAUAUGGCACACAGCAACCCAUUGCUCUGUUGAAGCUGCUGCUAGAAAAAGGUUUUUUGUAUGACCGUGGUAAGGAGAUGAACUGUAAACAUCUUCGAGACCUGGGUUUUAUUGCUGCCAUGGGGAAGGCUGGAGGAGGUCGGAAUGAAGUUGACCCUCGAUUCAUCUCACUCUUCAGUGUUUUUAACGUACCUUUUCCUUCUGAACAAUCACUGAAUUUGAUCUAUGUCUCCAUCCUGAAAGGCCACACUGCGGUGUUUAAUGAGUCUAUAUCAGCCAUCUCUGAAAAGAUUACUCUGUGUACUUUGGAGCUUUAUAAAAUGAUUAUUUGUGACCUACCCCCUACUCCUUCCAAAUUCCAUUACAUUUUUAACCUGCGGGAUCUUUCCAGGGUCUAUAAUGGACUUGUUCUUACAACUCCAGAGAGGUUUCAAACAGUGACCCAGAUGGUGAGAGUUUGGAGAAAUGAGUGCCUGAGGGUUUUCCAUGACAGGCUGAUUAAUGAAGCAGACAAAGCAUUGGUACAAAGUCAUAUAAAAAACCUGAUCGAAGAGAAUUUCAAAGAUGACUUGGAGCAGGCUAUGAGGGAUCCUAUUCUUUUUGGAGAUUUCAGAACGGCACUGAGUGAAGAAGAACCUCGUAUUUAUGAAGAUAUCCAAGACUAUGAUGCAGCAAAAGCUGUCUUUCAGGAGAUUUUUGAGGAAUAUAAUGAAGUUAAUACAAAAAUGAAUCUGGUUCUUUUUGAUGAUGCUUUGGAGCACUUAAUCCAUGUACAUCGCAUCAUACGGAUGGAUCGUGGCCAUGCCCUGCUCAUAGGAGUAGGAGGCUCAGGAAAGCAGUCUCUAACGAGACUGGCUGCCUAUACAGCUGGAUGUGAGGUAUUUCAGAUCAUCCUGAGUCGAGGAUAUGGAGAAAAUAAUUUCCGAGAAGAUUUGAAAAAUUUGUACCAAAAGCUGGGUAUUGAGAACAAGUCAAUGGUCUUCUUGUUUACAGAUGCCCAGGUAGCAGAAGAGAGUUUUCUGGAACUCCUCAACAACAUGUUAACUUCAGGAAUGGUGCCAGCCCUUUUUGCAGAUGAUGAAAAAGACACCAUACUAAGUCAGAUUGGAGAUGAAGCUAGUAAAGCUGGCGUACACCCAGCUAAAGAGAGUGUCUGGCAAUAUUUUGUAAACAAAUGUUCAAGGAACCUUCACAUUGUCCUGGGAAUGUCCCCGGUUGGGGACAGCCUGAGAAAGUGGUGCAGAAAUUUUCCAGGUCUUGUCAACAACACUGGUAUUGACUGGUUCAUGCCCUGGCCCUCCCAGGCCUUGUAUGCAGUUGCACAAUCCUUUGUUGGAAGUAGCAGACGCAUCCCUUCAGAGAACUCCAAGUCAGUGGUUGAGCACAUGGUCAUGGUUCAUGAAUCUGUAGAGGAUUUCAGCAAGAGGUUUCUGCAGAAACUGAGACGUACUAACCAUGUCACACCAAAGAAUUACCUUGAUUUUAUCCACACUUACUCAAAAUUGCUAGAGGAGAAAAACCAGUUCAUUUUAGCACAGUGUAAACGACUGGAUAGCGGCUUAGAUAAACUGAAGGAAGCUAGUAUACAGCUGAUUGACCUGAACAAGAAACUUGCUGAGCAAAGGAUUGUGCUAGCAGAAAAAUCAGCCGCUUGUGAGACUUUGUUAAAAGAGAUUUCGGCAAACACAGAAAUAGCUGAGGAGAAGAAAACACUAGCUGAAGAAAAAGCUGUGGAGAUAGAGGAACAGAAUAACCUUAUUGCUACGGAGAAGGCGGCUGCUGAGACAGCUUUGACUGAAGUCAUUCCUGUUUUAGAAGCUGCCAAAGAGGAGCUUCAGAAGCUUGACAAGUCAGAUGUUACCGAGAUCAGAUCCUUUGCAAAACCUCCUAGGCAGGUGCAGGUUGUUUUGGACUGUGUUCUUAUAAUGAGAGGUUACAAAGAAUUAAACUGGAAGACAGCCAGAGGCAUGAUGUCUGAGGCAAAUUUCCUGCGAUCCCUCAUGGAGAUAGAUUUUGAUGGAAUUACUCAGAGCCAAGUGAAAUCUAUCCGAGCUCUGUUAAAGAAUCUUAAUACUACCUUCGAGGCAAUGAAUCUUGUUAGCAGGGCAGGACUGGGAAUGUUACUGUUUGUCGAAGCAGCGAUGAGCUACUGUGAUGUAGUUAAAGAAGUCAAGCCAAAGAGAGAAAAGGUCGCUAGGUUGGAACGGAACUAUUACAUGAGUAAGCGGGAACUGGAAAAGAUAAAGGCAGAGUUGGCCACCAUUCAGGAGGAGCUUAAAACUUUGGGGAACAAAUAUCAAGAGGCAAUAAGAGAAAAGCAACAGUUACAAGAAGAAGCUGAGAUUAUGCAGAGAAGAUUAUAUGCUGCUGACAAGCUCAUCUCUGGCUUGAGCUCUGAGAAUGAGAGGUGGAAAAAGAAAUUAGAGGACUAUGAAAUACGAAAGGUGAAGUUACUUGGAGACUGUCUACUCUGUGCUGCCUUUCUGAGCUAUGAAGGAGCAUUCAGCUGGGAGUUUCGUAAUGAAAUGAUCUAUGAAGUGUGGCAAGAAGAUAUCCUCUCACGAGAGAUUCCUCUCAGCCAACCAUUCCGGUUAGAAAGCCUCCUGACUGAUGAGGUGGAGGUUAGCAGGUGGGUUUCCCAAGGGUUGCCUCCAGAUGAGCUUUCUGUCCAGAACGGCAUCCUGACAACUUACGCAAGCCGCUUCCCACUCUGUAUUGACCCACAAGAACAGGCGUUACAUUGGAUUAAGAAGAAAGAACUAAACAAUAACCUGAAGGUGGCUUCCUUUAAUGACCCAGAUUUCCUUAAACAGCUAGAGCUGGCCAUAAAGCAUGGAAACCCUUUCUUGCUGCGUGAUGUUGAUGAAUACAUUGAUCCUAUAAUAGACAACGUCUUGGAGAAAAAUAUCAAAGUUGCACAGGGGCGAACAUUCGUCGUCCUGGGGGACAAAGAGGUUGACUAUGACAGUAAUUUUAGGUUGUACCUCAACACUAGAUUAUCUAACCCAAAGUAUUCUCCCUCUGUGUUUGGCAAAGCUGUGGUUAUCAAUUAUACAGUUACACUAAAGGGUCUAGAGGAUCAAUUGCUCAGCGUCAUUACGGGUUUUGAAAGAAGAGAACUGGAAGAACAGAGAGAAAAUCUCAUCCAGGAGACAAGUAAAAACAAAAACUUGCUGAAAGAUCUGGAAGACUCUCUCCUUCGGGAACUGACGUCUUCCACAGGAAACAUGUUGGACAACUUGGACUUGGUGGAAACCCUGGAAGAGACAAAAUCCAAAGCUUCUGAG